GCUGCAUGCCGGUGGCUGCAUCGCUAUGUCAGCUUCGGAAGCAGCGCAGUAUGCAACUGUGUGCGUUCUGCAGCUAAUAGACUGCUGGGUACCCCGGGACCGCCAUUCAUGCCUCAAUGGUCCAUAUCAAACUCUCCAGACAAUAUAGCAUUAUUCCCUGUCGGAAGUUCAGAUGAAGGACCUAUGGCCACCAUGUCUGCAACCUUCAACGACAUACUAUAUGCGGAAAAUUCUAGUUUCUCGGUGGUGUUGCUCGUCAUAGGGGCUCUGUCCAUCGGUUGGGCAGUACAAAGACUCCGUCGAUACUAUGCUGCCUGGGUAGAUGUUCCAGUCGUUGGGGAUCAUGGGGCCAUUGGAGCAUGGAUCGCUGCUUAUAAGUGGGAAAAGAACGCUCGGCAUCUCAUCCAGGAGGGCUACGAAAAGCAUCGGGACUACGCGUUUCAGGUUGCAACGCCCAGCCGCUGGGAGGUUUGGAUCUGCAACGACCAGAUGGUCAAAGAAUACAAGAAUUUGAUGGACGAGGACUUCUCCGCCAACGCAGUGACUGCCGACCUCUUCCAGACAGAAUGGACUCUUCCUGGCGCAGCCGAAGGCGUCCAUAAAAUUCCCAUUCCGUUGCUUCACAAGGGCCUGACGUGGCAACGGGGUCGAUCACUCGCCAAGGAUGACCCAUACUUUCAACAAUUUGUCACGGAGUUUUUUCACGCCUGGGAAGUCGAAACCAAUAUAACAGGGGACGGAUGGAACGAGCUUUGCUGCUACGAGAUCGGCACACGCAUUGUAGCGCAUCUUACCGCGAAGUCGCUCGUCGGAUAUCCCCUCUGUCGUGAUCCUGAGCUCAUCGAACUUUUUGCAGCGUACGGGAACGCAGUACCCAUUAGUGGGUUCUUUAUCUCCAUGUUUCCUGAGUUUAUGAAGCCCUUCGUCGCCCGAUUCUGCCAGGCCCCCAAAAUGGCAAGCCGGUUGGACCAGAUGUUUCUCGACGAGAUGGAACGGAGAGCGGCGGACCCUCCAAAGGAGCCAGGUGACAUCAUGGAUUGGACAUGGCAGUAUACGGAGAAAAAUGAGCCGGGCGUGUAUCAAAGAGUCCACAUUGCGCGCUCCAUCACGUCGUCUGUCUUCGGUGCCAUUCAUACGACAACCCAGGUUCUCGCUCAUUGCCUCUUUGAGCUCGCCGUACGAUCGGAAUACGUUGAUCCUCUGCGACAGGAGGUUGAGCAGGCAUUCGAGUCGCACAACGGCUGGACGAAGAGUGCGAUCGAGUCAAUGCCGAAGCUCGACAGCUUUGUGAAGGAGUGCCAGCGGUUUAAUCCUCUCGACUCUGGCUCGCUCGCUAGACGCGCCACCCGCGACUUCCAAUUUCAAAACGGCUUGAAAAUCCCCCGAGGGACAUUUGUUUUCUCACCGAAUGCUCCCGUGCUGUUCGACGAGCGGUACUAUCCCAAUGCGAGCGAGUUCGACGGAUAUCGCUUUUACAAACUCGGCCUGGAAACCGGAAAACCUGCGGACCACAAGUUCGUCUCGACUAACCCCAGGUAUCUCCAGUUUGGAGAUGCAAGACAUACCUGCCCGGGUAGGCAUAUGGCUGCAGAUGAAAUCCGACUCAUGCUUGCACACAUUCUGAGAAAUUAUCACAUUUCUACCAAGGAUCAUGGGCCCAGACCGGAAAAUUGGUUCUUUAAGAAGAUUUUGUUCCCAGAUAUGAGCGGUUUGGUUGUAUUGAAGCCUCGGCAGGCUGGGAAGAGAGGGGAUGUAGUGGUCUAGUUUGUUGCUGAGGGCUAGUUCCUAUGUUCGAUGGUUUCAGUUUUGUGAAGUUCAUCUCUCCGUAGCAACAGAAGCUCUACAACACUGGGAUGCAUUGGACUCCUCAAGCAUUCGGAAUCUGCGUGUCAGCCUCCUCUCUGGGCUCAGCGAGUAGGAUCACCAAGUUCAAAGGCCGCGCCAUAAAGUCCAGGUUGUGGUAUCUGCAAGGGAAAUUAGGAAAACCAGAGGGCUUUGAUACCGGCGCCAAACAGUAUUAUUUCACAGCAUCUUUUGGAACACUCCUUGCGGACCCUUGCGUCACCGGAAAGGCAAUUGUAC